AUGGGAAAGGUACUGUGGUGCACCCUUCUCGUCAUCCUCCUCGCCUUGUUUGCCCACUGGUUGUUCGAUCUCUGCAAGAAAUUGGGUGUGUUCAAAGAAGUGGCUUCAGUUGAACCUGGCAACUGCCAUCUAAUGAAAGGAAUUGGUAGGUAUGGAUCUGAAGAUAUUAGUGUUCUUCCUGGAGGUUUGGCUCUCAUCAGCUCUGUGUUGGUGUGCUGGGGCAAUGGCAUCAACGUGGGUGAUGCCAACCGGCUCAAUAAACUGAUUAGAAAGGCUGGCUCAGUUGUAGGAAUCACACUGGAGACUGUGAUACCCAACUUAGCACCUGAUCAGCCUGGGUGGAUUUUCUUGGCGGAUUUAAACAACCCAGCACUGGGAGCUGUUAAAUUGAGAAUUAGUCAUGGGUUUGAAGUAAAGUCCUUUAAUCCACAUGGAUUGGGCACAUUCAUAGAAAAAGGUGGUGCUGUUCUUGCUUUUCUUCUGAAUCACCCACUGCAUGCCACCACCAUGGAAAUAUUUAAGUUUGAAGAAGAACAACUCAGUCUGACUCAUUUAAAGACCAUCCAACAUGAGCUUUUAAACAAUGUGAAUGAUAUCAUAGCAGUGGGCUCUCAGAGUUUCUAUGCCAACAAUGACCAUUAUUACUCUAAUUUUUACUUGAGAAUCUUAGAGAUUUUUUUUGGCUAUUCCUGGGGCUCCAUUGUGACUGAAGUAAAGGAAGUUGCAAAAGGACUUAGUUUUCCCAGUGGGCUGGAUAUUUCUCUUGAUGGAAAACACCUAUUUCUUGCAGAGACUACAGCUUUUAUGACCAAUGUUCUGGAAAUUAAUCCAAACCAUAGUCUGACUCAAAAGGAGAGUUUGGCUCUGGGUGUAAGUCCAGACAAUGUGAAUGUGGAUAAAAAGACUGGAGAUAUUUGGACUGCUGGUUGUUUUAAUACAUGGAAAUUUCUACUGUACAAUCCUGAAAAUCCCCCAGGAUCUGAGGUAAUCAGAAUUAAAAACAUUCUUUUUAACCCCAAAGUGACCCAAGUGUAUGUGAAUAAUGGCUCUGUACUGCAAAGUGCUUCACUUGCCACGGUUUACAAUGAUAAUCUGCUCAUCCGAACAAUUUACCACAAAGCUCUCUACUGUGAGUUCAAUAACUUUGGAAAAAGUGUCACUUUUCAAUUGACAGCAAUCUACAGUUCUGUAGGUAUCAAGGGGUCUUAAUUUUGGUACUAUAUUUAGACUCAGUGAUGGGAGUUUAAAAAAAAAACUUAUUUGGAAGAAAGUUUCAUAUAAUAGUUUAAUUAAUAUACAGUUACCAAAAUGAUUUAUAAUGUAUGAACAAGUUGUAAAACAAUGAAAUAUCUUAUUGUAAUUUUAAUAUGUCCAUUGAUUUCUGUUCCUUAAUGCUUCCAUGUUCCAUAUUGACCAGGGGUUCUCAACCUGGAUUAACAAGAUUCCUUAGUUAGUGGUAGGGGUCCAUGGCAUAAAGUAGGUUAGGAAUGCCUGCCUUAGAUAGUGAGAUGAAAUUGUUCGUAGAUCAUAAAGAGCUCUCACAUAGUCUAUGUAUCGAAAACUUUAAAUGGAGAAUUCUUUUUUUCCCCUAAAGAUUUAUAUGAAUUAACAUUCAAGUUCUAGUAUUCCCUUGAUUAUUUUGAUAAAUGUGAUGAUUUAUUGUUGAGUGAUGUACUUUGUGUUUAAUAAA